AUGGACUGCCUCACCGAGGGUAACGGCGAUCUGUAUGGCAUUGGCGUCCGCCUCGGCCUCUACUUUCAAUGGGCCGCCGGGUUUCUGUUGCGCAACUUUAGCGGCUCCUGGAGGACCAUCUCGGCCGUGAGAAUGGCCAACAACGCACUCGGCCUGUCUCUCAUGUUAGCGACCAUGAUCAACACCUCUCGCGGCUUGUCGCUCAGUACGGACUUUCUCAUCGUCUACUACCUCACCAUCGCGCUCUUCUAUGCCGAAUCCUACAACCUCUUGACCAAGGAAAAUGCCAACAACGAGGGCUUCCUCUACGUCCUGAAGCCAGAUCUGCCACUCUUAUUUCAAAAUCUCCUUUUUGCAACCGCGAGCGUCUUUGGAGGUUGGUUCUGGAUCCGUGGAGUGCGGAUGGCAGAAGAGCCAGCAUGUGGCGCCAGAGCGGCGGUAAUCGGGGCUUUCGACCUGAACAACUCGCGAUGGAAAGUCUUCGCAGCCGUCUUCUCCGUCGGUCUUGGCAUCAUCUUUGGGCUGUUCUUUGUGAUUCAUCUCGCCGGCUUCUGGAGCGGCCAGGUCUCGAGGCGACCUGUAACGUACAUCGCGAGGUCGCUCAGUUUUGCUUCGGGGGCCCCAACGCAGAUCAUGCUAGCGUUGCAAGGACUACUGAGACCGAAUCUCCCUGGCGCAAGGAACGAGAAAUGGUUCUUACGGUUCCGCGCCGGAGACCUAUUGCUGCUCUUGCAGUUUUUCCUGAUCAACCUGGCUGGACCUAUCAUCGCCAUAUCCUCCGUGGAGACCAUGAUACGGACGAACCAUCUGUCGACAGACGGCAUCUUGGAGUCGAGCGGACAGAUGAUCGCACUCAUCACCGGGGUCACGAGCCUCUGCGUCGCUAUCGCGGAGAUGCUAGGAGACUGGUUCGGGGACUGGGUCGGACGAAAGCAGGCUCUGCCAAAAGACAUAGCAUCCGAGUUGCUGUACAACUCGACCAAGCCUAUGGAGAUUGAGGAGAUCGAGGAGGUUAUGAAACAACUUUCGCGUUGGAUUUCGGAGUACCAAAAAGACGAUGCUGCAAGCCACGAUUUUGACUUGGGGAUGGGUGACUUCCGCCGGCCAGAGAAAGAGACAAUUGGUCCUGGAACAACACCGAGUAUCGCGGAUCGUCGAGAGACCGAAGCUGAAGCCUACCAGAGACCUCGUUCAGUUUGA